UCAUUCUUCGCCGAUCAUUCAUUCCUCUAAACAAGUGGGAGAGAGAGAGAAAGAGAUAGAGAUAGAGAUAGAGAGAGAGAGAGAGAGAGAGAGAGAGAGAGAGAGAGAGAGAGAGAGAGAGAGAGAGAGAGGGUGCAUUUGGCGAUUAGGGUUGUUCAUCGAUUCUUCUAUGCGUCGAAUCUCUGGAAUUGAACUGAGUUUGAUUUUGAUUUGAAUGAAAGCAGCAACUAACCUUAUGAUAGUGUUUGAGAAAUUGCGUUUCUCUUCGUAUUUGAGCCGCUUCAUUGCCGGCAUCAUCCUCUUGACAUUUUGCAAUUCAUUCCAGUUAAUCUCCAAUUUUCCUAAUCCUAUACACCCUUGAAUUGAAACUUCAAUUCAAUUCAAUCCCCAAUUCAUUCUUCUCCUAUUUCAAUUCAAUUGUGCAUUCUCUCCCUUUCCUCUCAACUCUUCAACUUUUUCAUGGACCCUAAAAGUUUAUUCUCCAAUUUCCUUGAUGGCGCUAUUGCCUCACGUAUUGAGAGCCAGCAAAGACCGCCUCCUUCAGUUAUUGUUAUUGGUGCUGGAAUAUCAGGGAUUGCUGCAGCACGCAGUCUCUAUGACGCAUCUUAUAAGGUGACUGUACUGGAGUCUCGGGAUAGGCUUGGUGGUCGCAUUCAUACGGACUACUCAUUUGGUAGUCCUGUUGACAUGGGAGCCUCAUGGCUACAUGGAGUUUGUAAUGAGAAUCCUUUGGCUCCAUUGAUACGUCGCCUGGGGCUUACAUUAUAUCGUACCAGUGGUGACAACUCUGUCUUAUAUGACCAUGAUUUGGAGAGUUAUAUGCUUUUUAACAUCGAUGGUAAUCAAGUUCCGCAACAGAUGGUCAUUGAAGUCGGAGACACUUUCAAGAAAAUUCUGGACGAGACAGAGAAAGUGAGGGAUGAGCAUCCUGAGGACAUUUCUGUUUCCCAAGCGAUUUCCAUUGUGCUUGAUAGGCAUCCUCAUCUAAGGCAACAAGGACUUGCCCAUCAAGUGUUGCAGUGGUUUAUAUGCAGAAUGGAAGCUUGGUUUGCUGCUGAUGCAGAUAUGAUUUCACUGAAAACCUGGGAUCAGGAACAUGUCCUCACUGGUGGUCAUGGACUCAUGGUGCAAGGUUAUGAUCCUGUUAUUAAAGCUCUUGCAAAAGAUGUUGAUAUACGCUUGAACCACAGGGUGACCAAGAUAUCCAGUGGCUACAAUAAGGUGAUGGUUACCGUUGAGGAUGGCAGGAACUUUAUUGCCGAUGCUGCUAUCAUAACUGUUCCUCUUGGAGUCCUAAAAGCCAACAUAAUUGAAUUUGAACCAAAACUGCCUGAUUGGAAAGUGUCUGCAAUUUCUGAUCUUGGUGUAGGCAAUGAAAAUAAGGUUGCUCUAAGAUUCGACAAAGUGUUUUGGCCUAAUGUAGAACUUCUGGGUGUUGUUGCCCCGACCUCUUAUGCCUGUGGCUAUUUUCUCAAUCUCCAUAAAGCAACAGGCCAUCCAGUUCUUGUCUAUAUGGCAGCUGGCAGGUUUGCUUAUGACCUUGAGAAGCUAUCUGAUGAGGCAGCAGCAAAUUUUGUAAUGCUACACCUCAAGAAGAUGUUUCCUGAUGCGUCCGAGCCGGUUCAAUAUCUUGUUUCACAUUGGGGAACAGAUCCAAAUUCUCUUGGUUGUUAUUCUUAUGAUUUGGUUGGAAAACCACAUGAUGUGUAUGACAAGCUUCGUGCACCUUUGGGUAAUCUAUUCUUUGGUGGGGAAGCUGUGAGCUUGGAGAACCAGGGGUCUGUGCAUGGAGCUUACUCUGCUGGGGUUAUGGCUGCUGAAAAUUGUCAGAGAUUUAUUUCGGAGCAACAAGGCCACAUGGAAAGCGUUCCUUUAAGUUCUGUUAGUCAUUCAAUACUUGAAAGUACUAUUCCUAUUCAGAUUUCCAGGAUGUGAUUGUGCUUGAAAGCAUUUUUUAGAUUUAAGUUGAUGCUCCGUUUGCAUGCUUUGAAAAAGCUAAAUUAAGCAUCAGACGUGAAAGGAAUUCAAUUGUUUAUUAAAGUUAGUUGAUGGUAAACUCGGUUAAUGUCAAAAUAUUCAGUUGUGUC